GCUGACCCCCGCUCACACGGUACACGUCUCUCUUGCGGUGCUGUCUUCUGCUACUACCGGUCCUAGAAUGAAACGACAACAGAUGAUAGGGUGGAGUCUGCUAGCGAUACUGGGAUGCAGUGUGGUGUCUCCAGUGUUGGGUUACCCUGGAGUGGUGACGGCGGCACACCUCCCUGACAACAGCGACUGGAAGCCCUACGACCCUGCCCCUGUGCCCGCCCCCGCGCAGGUCGCUACCCCAGAGGCACGCAAGUUCGCCGAGAAACCAAACGCCAGCAAAAAAGUGGUCACGUUGGAAGACAGAAAUGACAUAGACGACCUCCAAACAAACCAAAUAUCGGACGCCGGGUUCUCCUGGAGCAACAUGUUAGCGAUGGUGAUGCAGAUGCUGUUCAACCCUAUCAGCAAUCAGCAAGUUGGCCCCAACAAGUCUGACAGCAUCGACACUGAUCAGGGCAUCUCCCCAUCUCCUUGGGCCAAUCUCUUGACCAUGGGAUUGAAGAUCCUCACAGCCAUCCUUGGCGGAGGUGGAGCCCCCCAGGGUGACGGUAUCGACAAGGUGGACAACUCCUCCCCAAUGCAGGGUAUCCUGGCUGCGGUACUAUCAGCAGUGAUUGGCUCGAAGGAUCCUGAUCAAGUGGCGACUAUGGCUAAACAGGCUGGGGAGUUCAUCAAUAUUGUAGUGAACUUGCUUGACGCUCUCAAGACUUCAUUCAGCCACAGGUCCUUGGCUGCUCGAUCCAUCGGCAAGAAAGAUUCAGUCUCAGAGGCAGCAGUCGCCAGUAUAACUAUUCUCAAGGGGUACAUGAGGACAAUGAAAACGACAGAUGACAACUGCCACCAAAAGUACAUCUGCGAGGCCAACAACGAAUGUUCCUCAUCCAUGAAUGGUUCCAGCACCAUUUACUGCCAGCUGGGAACAUAUGCUGCCAGCUUCUUACUGCAGAGGACCAGUGAUUCACCUUUCGAUUCCUUCUACGAGGCAGGUCGCCGAGGCCGAAGCGGAGACGAUUGUCGACAACUGUACCUCACUUGCAACGAGGUCUAGUUUAGCGUCACCCACCCUUCGCUCGCCCUACGAUCUCGCACUCUCCUUUCUUUCACCUUUCCGUCUGACCCGUUCUUUUAAAAUUAUUUAUUGCGCUUACGAUUACGAAUACUGUACAAGAAAGAACUGUGACCGCUACUCAUGCCACUGUCCCCACGUCUUCACACCUCGUCCUCGUGUCAUCUUCAGUCAGUGUUGUUAUUUAUUUAAGUGAUGCGUGAUUGUAGAAUAGGUUGAAUGUUGUUAUAUUAUUAUUUAUAAGCGAUAGGGACAUAUUUGUAAAAUUUUUCAUUAUAAGGUAAAGUAAGUUAAAUACGGUUAGAGAACAUUGUAGGCUUCCAGAGCAGUCGAAGUGUUGUGAGAUUUCCUCACAGUCAGAUGUGGUUAGUUUAUAGCUGUCUACCAAAGCAGAAAACCUAAAGAUUUCCAUAACACAAUUCUAAACCCGUACAGGUGCUAGGUAAUUGAAUCAUUUUUCCAUUUAUGAUAUUUGCUAUUUCUGUGGACUUGUAACAAACUUAAACAUUAGAUUAUUUAUUUGAAUUAUUAUUUAUUUAAAUUACUAUUUAUUAAAUUAGUUUUGUAUUUAAGUUAAUGUAAGUCUUAGAUAAGAAACCGUUUAGAUUUGUUUGCAAGUCGUUAAAAGUACAUUACAAACAUGAUAAAUUGUUUCAAUUUUAAAAUCACUGUAUAAACAGUCUAUGAAUUAAGUUACAAUUUUAAUUUCAUCAGUUUAAUCAAUUGGGUAUUUGCAACUCUCUAAAGAAUAUUGUAUUUAUACUUUAUUUUACAAAUAAUAUAGUGUCUCUAUGUAUGAGUGAGUCUUGGUAAAUAAAUAUUGAGUAUUUAUUUAUUUA